AUGAAAAAUGUUAAAAGGUCUGAUUGGUUACCUAAAAAAAGAGCAACUGCAAUCACACUGCGAAAAGAGGGCUAUAGUUAUAGAGCAAUUGCAGACAAAAGUGAGACUGCAUUUGACUGCAGCAUUGAAAACAAACAUGGAAAGGGAAGAAAAAAAGUACCAACACCUACAACUGAAAGAAUGAUAUCAAGGCAAGCACUACAAAAUAGAAGAAUAACUGCAAAGGAAAUUAACAGCUCUCUUAAAGUUGCACAAAUAUCUAUUAGUGACAUAAGUGUUCGUCGGCUUUUGGUGGAUGCAGGUUUGAAAGCUCGAAUUCCAAGGAAAAAACCACUGCUCAAUACCAUUCAGAAAAAAACGAGAGUGGAAUGGGCUAAAGUUUAUGCUACAUGGACAGUUGAUCAGUGGAAGAAAGUCAUCUGGAGUGAUGAGACACGAAUCUCGAUUUUUGGCAAUGACGGCACUGGUUAUGUUUGCCAAAGAGCAGCAUAUAAUGGAGUUGGACAAUUUAAAGUCGUUAAUGGAAAAGCAAACGCUUCAAAAUAUAUCAAGGACAUUGUUAAACCUUCAUUGCUUCCAUCUGCUCGCAAACUUUUUUUGCAAUGGGAUUGA